AUGACCGACACAGCUAUUCAACCAGACCCGGUCUUAGCUCAAUUAAAUGGCGGCACCUCGAACCUAAAAAACAUGGCCCCCCAUCUCCCCUCCCCACAAGCACAAUACACCUCCACAUCUUCCACACAACAGCCAACAACAUCCUCCUCCCUCUCAGAAAUAAUCGCCCAAUGCCACCACAAAGUGCACGCCUUUCUCGCCGAGUCCCAUCCUCCCGAUUCCCUCCUCGCCGCCGUUCAACGCCAAACUCGCAUCUCCCUCGACGUCGCCGCAACGGCCCUCUCCCGUUACAGCCUCCCGGAGCUCGCCCUCUCCUAUAACGGUGGGAAAGACUGUCUGGUCCUCCUGGUGCUCUUCCUCGCCAGCCUGCACCCGCAUCCACCGCCCGAGAAGGGCGGCCUCAAGUCCAUCCCAGCGAUAUAUGCUCUACCGCCAGAUCCCUUCCCUACAGUCGAGGAGUUCGUCCAGUGGUCGUCGAGCGCCUACCAUCUUGAUAUUAUAAAGUAUACGACGGAGCCGCCAAAGACGACGCUCAAGUCAAGUUUCGCGCACUACCUGUCUCUCCAUCCUAGUGUGAAGGCGAUCUUUGUCGGCACUCGUCGGACGGAUCCCCAUGGCGCAAAAUUGACUCAUUUCGAUCGGACGGAUAGUGGUUGGCCCGAUUUCGUUCGCGUUCACCCAGUCAUUGACUGGCACUAUGCGGAAAUUUGGGCCUUCAUCCGUCAACUGGGCUUAGAGUACUGCCCUCUUUACGACCAAGGAUACACGAGUCUCGGUGGCCAGACGGAUACUCACCCGAAUCCCAAGCUUCGGGUCGACACUACGGCCGGUAACGAAGCCACAAAACACUACCGACCAGCGUAUGAGUUGACUGAAGACCUGGAGGAGCGGCUGGGACGCAAUUAG